AGGAUCUACAGCUGCUUACUGCCAACAGACACCAUUGGUACACAGGACUCAGACCAAGAGGUCUUGCACAUGAGAGGGGCAGAAGGAGUAGGCUACCAGGAUGGGUUGCUGGACCAAGCUAAAGUCCACUGGCUGGGUGUUUCCCACAGCCAUGCUGUCGCUCUAUGGGUUCUUCGCUAACUGCAGACCAGCUGAGCCCUUCCUAACACCAUACCUUAUUGGACCAUACAAGAACAUCUCGGAGGAAGUGGUGACCAACUACCUGUUCCCCAUCUGGACGUACUCCUAUCUGGCCGUCCUCUUCCCCGUCUUCCUGCUGACAGACUUCCUGAGGUACAAGCCGGUGAUCGUGGUCCAGGGCCUCUUCCUGGUCACCAACUAUGUCCUGCUAUGCUUUGCCCCCGGCCUGACCGCCAUGACCUUCCUGCAGUUCAACUAUGCCGUGGUGACCUCCACGGAGGUGGCCUACUUCUCCUACAUCUACAGCGUGAUCCCUCCAGAGAGGUACCAGCGGGCCACCGGCUACCUCCGCAGUGCCAUGCUGACAGGUUCCACCCUAGGGGCCACUCUAGGCCAGUUGCUGGUCUCCCUGGCAGGGCUGGACUACUUCUACCUCAACGCCAUCUCCCUGGGGAUCCUCAGUGUUGCGUUCCUCAUCUCCAUCUGGCUACCCAUGCCCCAGCAGGGGAUGUUCUUCAGGGGGGAGAAGGCUGUCCUGGACCUGAGCGCCAAGGGCCAGGUGGGGGAGGAGGCGAGUGCAGUGGAGGAGGCACAGGAGGCAGAGGAGGCCAUGGAGGAUGGUGCUGGGUCGGAUAAGACCCAGGGUGACGGGGGUAGUACUGGCUGGUGCAGCCUGCAUAAUGUGGUCUAUGCUGGCAGGCUGCUCUGGAGCAGCUUCAGAGAGUCCUACUCCUCUAGGAAGCUGGUCUACUGGUCUCUGUGGUGGGCUCUAGCCACGGCCGGCUACGGCCAGGUGUUCAACUACAUCCAGCUGAUGUGGGACCACAUAGAGCCAUCCAGCACCUCCUCUGUCUACAAUGGAGGGGUCGAGGCCAUCUGUGCAGUUGUAGGUGCAGCGGCAGCCUUCUGUGUGGGUCAUGUGAAGGUGACCUGGGAUGUCUGGGGGGAGCUGUCACUGGGGGUGUUCUCUGCGGUGGGGGCAGGGGCCGUGUUUUUGAUUGGGCUCAACAGCAACAUUUGGGCAAGCUAUGCUGGCUACGUCAUCUUCAAGGCCUCCUACAUACUGCUGAUCACCAUCACUACAUUCCAGAUUGCAUCCAACCUCUCCAUGGCGUGCUAUGCUCUAACGUUCGGAGUCAACACUUUUGUCGCCCUCUUGCUGCAGACCAUUCUCACAGCCAUCGUUGUUGAUGAAACUGCACUGGGGCUAGACAUUGUCACACAGUUCAUCAUCUAUGGCAGCUACUAUGCAGCAAUAUCUGUGCUUUUCCUGAUCCGAGGGAUGUACACAGCCUGUGCACACCACUGCAGGCCUUAGCAGGCAAUGGACCAGGACCAGGAGCAGAAAGAAGAUCCCAAAGUGGAGAUGCCCUCCUCAGACCGGUUCUGUUCUGACCACAGACAAUAGACUAUCAGAGACUGAGGGGGGCAAGGAGUCUUCAAGGGUUCACCCUAAAAUUGAAUUUCAUGGUAUUACAUGUAUUUAUAAUCAAAAUAAAACAAAUGUUGU